UUAUAGACUGUAAAUGAUUCUAAAAAGAUGAUAAAUUAUUAUUAAUGUAUAUGCACUGUUCCAAACAAUAUAUUAUAUAUCCUCUUAUUUUGAUAAGAAUGAAAUUGUGGAUAAUUGAUGGAUUUUGGCAUUGUCAGUUGUCAGGUCAAUUUUUGAAUCUUAGUGCGUGUGUGUGACUUUUAUUGUUACUCCUAUUUUCCUUAGUUGCCUGUUUUUGUAAUUAAGUAAUUCAAUAACAUUUAUAGUGUCAUGGGAGAUACAACAGGAAAAGUUAUUCAAUGCAAGGCAGCAGUUGCUUGGGAAGCAAAGAAACCUUUAUCUAUCGAAGAUAUUGAAGUAGCGCCCCCAAAAGAAAAUGAAAUCAGAGUGAAAAUAAUUGCUACGGCUAUUUGUCAUACAGACGCUUAUACUUUGGAUGGACUUGACCCAGAAGGUUCUUUUCCAUGUGUAUUAGGACAUGAAGGAGCUGGUAUUGUUGAAAGUGUAGGUCCAAGUGUGCAGGGAUUUCAGCCAGGUGAUCAUGUCAUACCAUUAUAUAUACCUCAAUGUGGCGAAUGUAAAUUUUGCCUGUCUCCGAAAACUAAUGUUUGUAGUAAAAUACGAUUAACGCAAGGGCAAGGGAAAAUGCCAGAUGGCACUUCACGUUUCACAUGCAAAGGUCAAUCGCUGUAUCAUUUUAUGGGAUGUUCUACAUUCAGUGAAUACACUGUUGUUGCUGACAUUUCCUUAUGCAAAGUUGAUCCAACUGCAGCUUUUGACAAAAUCUGUCUUUUAGGAUGUGGCGUAUCCACUGGUUUUGGUGCUGCAUUAAACACCGCAAAUGUAGAUUCUGGUUCCACCUGUGCUGUCUUUGGUUUAGGAGCUGUGGGAUUAGCUGUAAUUAUGGGUUGUAAAGAAGCAGGGGCUCAAAGAAUCAUUGGUGUGGACAUUAAUGAAAACAAAUUUGAGUUAGCCAAAAUUUUUGGUUGUACUGAAUUUGUGAAUCCAACUAAAUUUGAAAAACCUAUUCAGGAAGUUCUUAUUGAUUUGACCGAUGGUGGAUUAGACUACACUUUUGAAUGUAUCGGUAAUGUUAAGACAAUGAGAGCUGCUCUUGAAGCUUGUCAUAAGGGUUGGGGCGUAUCUGUUAUAAUUGGAGUUGCGAGUGCUGGACAAGAAAUUUCUACUCGACCCUUCCAAUUAGUUACUGGAAGAACAUGGAAAGGAACUGCUUUUGGAGGAUGGAAAAGCAAGGAUAGCGUUCCACGACUAGUCUCAAAAUAUUUAGACAAGUCACUCAUGCUAGAUGAAUUUGUAAGCUACAAACUUCCAUUUACUUCAAUAAAUGAAGGUUUUGAAUUAUUACAUUCAGGAAAAAGCAUUCGAACAGUACUUGAAUAUUAACAUAGACAUAGCGAUCAGAAAAAAGAUAAAAUAACUAAAAUAAUUUAUACAUCAUUUUAUUAAGUGAAUUCUUUAAUUUAAUUUUACAUAAUUAUGUUACAUUUACAUUACAAAAUACAUAAUAGUUAUUCUUAAAAUCUAAUUCGAGGAACACAUAUUAUUGUUAUGUCAUG